GUGGUCUGCCUGCGCCCUCAUGUCCUCAGCCUGGGUAAGAUGACACUGAAAAUAGCUAUCUGCGGCGGAGGCAUCAGCGGUCUUUCGCUGGCCCUUGUGCUUAAGAAAUUCAUGGCGCCCUCAAAACUCUCCGUCGACUUGUACGAAGCAGAGCCAACCUUCACCGAGAUAGGUGCCGGGAUCACUGUAUGGCAUCGGACGCGGAGCGUCUUUGCUUCCCUCGGGUUGCAAGCGGCCCUUGAAAACCGUGCUCUCUCUCCACCUAUGACACUGAGAAAAAGUGACACAAAGGAGCCUUUUGUAUUUGGCGCACUUGUCACUCCUCAUGGCUGUAUCGCACUCCCUCGAGUCGACCUGGUCCAAUUGCUUGUCGAGAGCCUGCAAAUAGAUCCCAUGCCGUUCCUCACCAUCCACUUCUCCAAGAAAUUGGUUUCUUACGACCAAGCUGCGGAUGGCGUCACCCUUCACUUCGCUGAUGGAUCUUCGUCUCGUUCGGACGUUCUCGUGGGCGCGGAUGGCAUAGGAUCGUCUACUCGCAGGACAAUGUAUGCCGACCUCGCAGAGCGUGUCGCGCAGAACGACCCAGCGAAGGCGGACUCGAUCCUGCAGAGCGCACAACCAACGUGGACAGGGACUUACACCUACCGGACGCUUCUUGAUAGGGAGAAACUGGAGACAGUAUCUCCGCAGAAUGUCAUGCUCGGCGGUGGUUACCUUUGGUGCGGUUCAGGGAAGCACGUCGUCUCGUACCCGGUCUCUUCCACCUUAAUCAACAUUCUCUUCUUCGACUCGAUACCCGGCGGCCUCGGCAAGCCACUUCCCGGGCCAUCGGUCGUCGCCGCAUCCAAGGACGAGGUUGUAGAAUUAUACAAGGAUUGGGAGGAAGAUCUCCGUGUCGUCGCAGAGAAUAUCGGGAAUGUGUCGAAAUGGGCCAUCAGGCACAUACGUAGUCUGCCUCAAUAUGCCGAUGGGAGAGUGGUGCUGAUAGGUGACUCCGCGCACGCCAUGAGCACACAUAAGGGAGCUGGCGCCGGCCAAGCAAUAGACGACUCAUACGUCCUUGGACGCAUCCUCGCACACCCGAAGGUCACGACAGAGAACGUCGCAGAGGCGUUCAAGGUGUACGACGCGAUUCGCAGACCAGUCGCCAGCGAAGCUCUCGAGUGCUCUCUGAGGACAGGCUUCCUGUACGAGUUCCACCCUGACUACCUUCCCACGGGUACCGACGUCGAGAAGCUCCACGCGGGCGACCGUGGCGAGCUGAAAAAUGUCGCCGAUGAGCUCCAAGACAUGUCGUACAUCCACUGGGCUGAGCUGCCUGGGCGGGAGUGGGAGCGAGCGCUCGACAUGCUGGAAGAAAGGCUGUGAAAGCUAACUUGCCUGACCGCGGUGCAUGCCCUUCGGGGCUAAUGAUCGUCCGCAGUGUACAAAGUCCACCUCAUGUGAAAUGCCGGCCCACAGAGACAUCUUGGUAUGAUCUUCACGACUUCGCUGUUGACAUGAUCAGGGCCUGCGCACGAAAGAAGAAGUCUGCGCGCGAUUCCGGGAGAUAAUACGCGCGUGUACUGCGCCCAGCUCGCUGAUCGUUGUUUGUUGCAAGCUAAUGUGGGGAAGCACAGAGUUAUGAGACGGUAUACACCGGGUGUUAAGCAGGAGCGACAUGACGUGUGCCUCCUGGGCCAGGCCCGAACCAUCGCACCAGUUUGGCAGUCCCGAAAGCCCACAUAUUGCACGAAUUCUUGAAAAGCUUACACAUAUUGCAGCAGUGUAGUACAACAACAAGCUUCAAGCAUGGUCAUAUGAGUAAGUCUGAACGCA